AUGCUAUCACUGAAUGCAAUAAUAGGUUUUCAACUAAUUAUCCCCGCAAUUGUGGUAAACGGAGAGUACUGUCCGUCAGACCCGGAUGUGAUCAGUCCCUGUAGUUGCGAUGGCAAGCGUAUUAAGUGUGUGGCCACUGAGCCAAUUGACCUAGCACCUAUUAUGGAGCUCCUAUUGAACGGAGCUGAGAAUCGGUCGUACGAAACGUUUGAGUUGAUGAGCACAGCCGUCACAAAACUGGACGCCUAUAUGUUUAAAGGGGUGCAAUUCAACCAGAUCAUUUUGACCGGUUGUUCACAGCUAGCUUGCGUACAUCCAAUGGCUUUUGGCGGACAGGAGGCCAGUGUGACCAGGUUUGAAGCCACGCUUACCAAUUUAAGUUCAUUAAGGGGCAAGGAUUGUGACCUGUUUGGCGCGUUAAGCUCACUGACAUGUUUAGAGAGUAUAGCCAUAAUAGGAAGUGAGUGGACCAAGAUACCUGACCAAGCGUUUAAUAAUAAACUGGGUGACCAGGUUAAUUUAACCACAAUUACGUUCAGUAAUGGCGGUUCUGGCGGUAAACUCCAGCGCAUUGGCAAAGAGGCAUUCUCUGCCUUAAAAGCGCUGAAACAACUGGAUGUAUCGUAUCACAAUUUGACCAGGGUAGAUGACAGCGCGUUUAAUCUAUCUGAUUAUAUCGGCGAUGGUAUGACUAUAAACCUGAUGGGCAACGCACUGACGGGCACGUCGUUUGGCGGCGAUAUCGUGACAGACGGUGCGGUCACUCAACUGAAACUCGGGGCCAAUAGAGUACUCAAAUAUUUGCCCCAAAAUGUAUUUAAAGGGGUUUUCAAAGCAAAUAAGAAAAACACAAUUGAUUUGAGCGGAGAUCUCAUGGAAAUUGAUUUAAACAAUAAAUGGUUAGUCGAGCAGAAGGUUAGCCUCGAUCUCAACCAUCGGCUCCUGCAUGCGAUCGGUGCCGACGGCCGGCCACUACUCAGCCAUACUAUUGAGGAAAUGAAUAAACCGCCUAAAUAUUAA